AUGAUACUCUGGACUCUUGUCCUUGUUUUUGAAACAACAUGGCUUCCCACUUCAGCAGACGUGACCAACAGCACAUUGGUUGCCCUCAUCCAGUCUAAACAUCAGAAAUACUGCGGAAGGUACAACUGCAUUACAGGAAAUAAAACCGCCGAGUUCAGCGACGAUCUUCCAGGACGUCCGUAUAGAUUCAAGACGAAAUCGUGUCCACCUUGUUACGAAUGUUCAUGCCGAUGGGACUGUGUGAUAUUUGGUGACUGUUGCCCCGACCUUCACAUUGGGCCACCCCUGUACUCGUUCCAGUGUCUUGGUGUCCCAUUCAAGACGGAUUACCUGGUGAAGUACUUUGUUGUUACUGACUGCAGUCCUGAAUCGGAGAACUACAGCAGAGAUCUAGCAGACAGGUGUCACAGUUCUCAACUAGAUUCUCUUGGAGAACGGUUGGUAACGGCACGCGUGACGUCCGCCGGGGUCGAUGCUAACGUCACCUUUAUGAACAGAUUCUGUGCAGAAUGUAAAGGAAUCACAAGUUCUGUACCUUGGAACAUCUUAGUUGAGUGUAAUGACGUACCCCAGCCAAAGGAGAUUGCCAGUUUAAAAGACUUCUUAUCGUGGGCAAAUCGGUUUUGCUGGAUUGGAUUCGUUCCACCAGGACAGUUUAAUGAUCAGAUAAGAAAAUGCAAGGUGUUGGAAAGCGAAAUACAGUCUACGUGUGAUGAAACGGGAUAUUGGCACACAUAUAACACAAGCAUUGCAGAAGCUUGUUCUGCUUACUACAAUCCACUACGCACUGGAAAGUUCAGAAAUAUCUUCUGUUUUUUAUGCAAUGGAUUUCCAGAAGAUAGUCUAACGUUUCCAGUUAAGUGUGAAGACUUCGGUCUAUCGUGGGGUAUUAAAGCCUUCUCUGCUAUUUUAAAUUUCGAAGCAACACCUGAAGUAGAAGCUGCAAGUGACCGAUGCAAAGAAGAGGAAUACGAGGACACUAUGUCGAAUAAAUGCCGAAGAAUGCUGUGCCCAUCACUGCACCAACUAAGGGGAGGAAACUGUACAAGCUUUCUUUAUUCAGCACACGGUAUUGUUUUUAAACUGAAGAUAGUGCUGGUUCCUUUAGUACCAUUACAAAUCAGUCCAAUACUUUCCAACAAAACAUUAAUAAACUACAUGAUUCGACGAAUACGCGACCAGCGGAAUCUUGCUACGCUUAAUAUGACAGUUGUUUCAUAUGUUUAUGACGAGACGAAAGUGAAGGGAAACUACGAACAGGAGAAACAAAACGAUAGUAGCUUGGCAAAUGGAAUUCCUUUAGACCCACAAGACCCAGGUGCCGCAUCAAACAACGUGACCAGCACAACACAAAGAACCAGUGUUCGGUCAGUGAAAGGUGUUGAGGUAGUUGCUUAUGUAGAUGUCACUGCUCUCGUUACUGAGCCGCGUAUCACUACCAGACUUAUCUCUCAGCUAAUGGACAGUCUACUCGCUAUACAGUAUGAACCAGUUGGGAUACUAAAUGAAGGAAGAAUUGUGGUAUUCAAGUCCAUUCCAUCAAUUUAUUUUAGUCCUAAAGCAUUUAACAUUUCAGGAGAAAGGCUGAAGUCGGUACUAACGGAUCGUUUCCUUGGUGCAACUUCAAGGAAACCAGCAUCAUCAAUCUUUCUGGAAAUUCCCUCACCUCACCUUUAUUGCCCACAAGUUGAAUUCCAAGAAAACGAAUAUAAACGAGCUCCAAAUGGUUCUCUGAUUAUUAUUCCUGAUUCUCUCCAUGUGUGUGAGCCAAACUAUGAAAUAACAGACUCGUUGAAACUUCGAGUUUGCGUUGAUUACCUGCGACAAAUGUGGCUGAACAAUGCUACUUUGAGUGAUAACACAACUCACUACAACUUCUCCAGUACGGACUCUUCCACAUAUACAAUGAAAAUUCUAACUAGCGUUUGCCUUGGAAUCAGCUUAAUAUGUUUACUGAUCUGCUUCAUAACACACUGUCUGUUUGCAGAGAUGAGGACGCUCCCGGGAAUUAACCUGAUGUUUCUCACAUUUUCAUUAUUCGUGUCUCAGACUCUCUAUCUGUUUGGUGCGGGAGCCACGGACGAUCGUGUGGUGUGCACAGUAAUGGGUAUCCUCAUCCAUUACAGUUGGCUCGUAACAUUUGCCUGGAUGAACGUUUGCUCCUUUCACGUCUUUAGAGUUUUCAGAAACGUAUUUUCUGCCUUAACCCUUAACGAUAACAAGAAGAUAAUAGUUCUCGAGUAUGCAUUAUUUUCAUAUAUUGUCCCUGGUACCAUUGUUGCACUACACAUCCUCGUAAAUUAUUUUUCUCUCGGAGAAAGCUCACUUGGAUAUAACGACGACAUGACCAUUUGUUUCAUUAAACCGGGAUUUGUGUCCAUCCCAUCUUUUGCUAUACCAGCUGGACUGACCGUGCUUCUUUCAACAGCAUUUUUCAUCUUCACUUGUGUCGUCCUCCACAAAACAUCCAAAGAGCGCAGCAUGGUGGGAAUAAAAGAAAGUGUUCCAGUGUUUCGGUUUUUCAAACUGGCAUCCAUAACGGGUCUGUCGUGGUUAUUUGGUUUCCUUGGAGCUAUCCUGAAGAAGGAAGUCUUAGCGUACAUGUUCAUCAUCCUGGCUGGAGGGCAGGGCCUAUUCGUCUUUUUGUCGUUUUCAUUCUCUCGGGACAUUUGUGUCAAAUAUGCAUCUUGUCUGUGUUGUGCAAGAAAAAAGAAACAGUCGUUAUCCGAAAUUAGAAGCACUGCAUUGGAAAACAUCUCAACAGACCACACUAUGAGAUCCGAAAUAAAACCGCCGAGUUCAGCGACGAUCUUCCAGGACGUCCGUAUAGAUUCAAGACGAAAAUCGUGUCCACCUUGUUACGAAUGUUCAUGCCGAUGGGACUGUGUGAUAUUUGGUGACUGUUGCCCCGACCUUCACAUUGGGCCACCCCUGUACUCGUUCCAGUGUCUUGGUGUCCCAUUCAAGACGGAUUACCUGGUGAAGUACUUUGUUGUUACUGACUGCAGUCCUGAAUCGGAGAACUACAGCAGAGAUCUAGCAGACAGGGUGUCACAGUUCUCAACUAGAUUCUCUUGGAGAACGGUUGAAGAUAGUCUAACGUUUCCAGUUAAGUGUGAAGACUUCGGUCUAUCGUGGGGUAUUAAAGCCUUCUCUGCUAUUUUAAAUUUCGAAGCAACACCUGAAGUAGAAGCUGCAAGUGACCGAUGCAAAGAAGAGGAAUACGAGGACACUAUGUCGGUAAGAAUAAAUGCCGAAGAAUGCUGUGCCCAUCACUGCACCAACUAA